AUGGGAAGUAGGAAUAACCCCAAGGAACAGGAGGAACAACUGCAACGAGACAUCGGUCAGAUAAGAGAAAUUUGGAUUUACCAUGCUGGAGUUACACCAGUUCACAGGAACAAUCGCCUCACCCCUUCGUUCCAGCAUCUGAACACAGAACUCUCUGCAGAUUUCACAGGGGUGCGAAAUACGAAGGAGAAUGGUGGUAUUACGGAUAAUAGAGCUAACCCUGAAUCGCCUCAGCAUAAUGCCUCUUGCUCAAAGAUUGUGAAGGAUAUCAAAAUCGACAGUCUCACACCAGAAAUCAUCAUCGGAGCAAAAGUGACAUUGGUGUGCUACUGGGAGACACAUUGUCUGCCAAUUAAUUACAUCUUAUUUUUAAACAAAGGAAAAGUGCAAGGUCCUGUAGUACAGAGCAUGAAGGAACAAAAAGUUGCAUUUAACACCACAAUCCAUUCCAACAGUCAACUGGGUCCAUAUAAAUGCAAAGCUGACUACCCAAACAGAAAUAUGGCACCAACAUAUAGCCCAGGUUUCAACUUUACACUAAGAGCAACAGAAAGUAAUAAUCUAGCUGUUUUCAUUGUGCCUCCUCUCAUUCUCCUGCUACUAUUGAUUGCAGCAGUUGUGACAAUUCGACUAUUGAUCCUUCCUUGGUGUAAGGCAAGGAAACUGAAAUUAGCUAAUAUUUCCACUGCAUAUGAUGAUACUGGAGAGAACCAACUUGACAAUGAAUAUUGUAUGGAUUAUGAAAUAACUGAAUAUUGCAAUUUGAAAAUGAAAACCAAGACAGAUGACAGAUACGUGAAUGACAGUGAAGACAAUACCGUAACCUAUGCAGAAGUCAUCUGUAAAUAAAGAGUGAUUCCUUUAUAUGACAA